CUCUAUUACGCGACAAUAUAAGGAUGGCCGACGGCCGUCGCUUAUUUUAAACCCUAGCGUCUUAGCCAUUUUCUAAAAGCUGAUUGGCAGAAGUUUGUUCAUCUCAGAAAAUUUUUGAAGGUUACGACAAUCACCGCCACGCCAUGGCUCAGUUAAUGGGAGGCUCUCUGUUCUCAUAUGCUCCCGUUGGGUUUCACCCAUCCAAAACAGAGGCGGUGGCGAGUUAUUGCCGAGUUUCUGGCCUGACGAAGUUGCAUUCAUUCCAAGAGCUGGGUGCUAAAACGUGUGAAAUCCAUGGCAAUAGCAUAGCUAGUAACAGGGCUGGUGUUCUGCAGUUGAAUAAGAAAAGCGUUAUUCAGGCAAUACUGCAGAGUGAGAGAGAGAUAGAAACUACCAAUGGUAUAGGGACUAGAGGUUUGCGUGGGCAGUUGAAUAAGGUUGUUCUUGCUUACAGUGGUGGCUUAGACACAUCAGUCAUCGUCCCCUGGCUGAGGGAGAAUUAUGGUUGCGAAGUUGUAUGUUUCACGGCUGAUGUUGGUCAAGGCGCGAAGGAAUUGGAAGGUUUGGAAAAGAAGGCUAGAGCAAGUGGGGCUUGUCAACUGGUGGUGAAGGACUUGAAGGAAGAAUUUGUAAGCGACUUCAUAUUUCCUUGCUUACGCGCUGGUGCAAUUUAUGAAAGAAAAUACCUGCUUGGGACGUCAAUGGCCCGUCCAGUUAUUGCAAAGGCCAUGGUGGAUGUUGCCAAAGAAGUUGGAGCUGAUGCUGUUUCUCAUGGAUGCACUGGGAAAGGAAAUGAUCAGGUACGCUUUGAGUUGGCCUUCUUUGCUCUAAAUCCCAAUUUAAAUGUGGUGGCACCGUGGAGGGAAUGGGAUAUUACUGGAAGAGAAGAUGCUAUUGAGUAUGCCAAGAAGCAUAAUAUACCUGUUCCAGUGACAAAGAAAUCAAUUUACAGUCGAGACAGGAACUUGUGGCAUCUUAGUCAUGAGGGAGAUGUUUUGGAGGAUCCAGCAAACGAACCUAAAAAGGAUAUGUACAUGAUGUCUACGGAUCCAGAAGAUGCACCAAAUGAACCAGAAUACGUGGAAAUAGGGAUUGUGAGAGGUCUCCCAGUUUCUGUCAAUGGCGAGGUACUUUCACCAGCCUCUCUUCUAGCUAAAGUAAACGAAAUUGGUGGAAAGCAUGGAAUUGGGAGAAUCGACAUGGUUGAAAAUCGUCUGGUGGGCAUGAAAAGUAGAGGUGUCUAUGAAACCCCAGGAGGAACCAUCCUUUUCGCGGCCACCCGUGAGCUUGAGUCUCUAACACUUGACCGAGAGACAAUUCAAGUGAAAGACUCAUUGGCACUCAAAUAUGCAGAGUUGGUUUAUGCAGGGAGAUGGUUCGACCCACUUCGUGAAUCCAUGGAUGCUUUCAUGGAGAAGAUCACAGAGACCACCACUGGCUCUGCCACUCUCAAGCUCUAUAAGGGUUCCGUCCAUGUGGCCAGCCGCCGAAGUUUGUACAGUCUUUACCGGGAAGACAUCUCCUCCUUUGAAAAUGGGCAGAUUUACAAUCAGGCUGAUGCCGAUGGUUUCAUUCGCCUUUAUGGCCUUCCCACCAGAGUCCGGGCAAUGCUCCAUAAGGACUUAUGAUCCCUCACUUUGAUAAUGGAUGCGCCUUUGGCACAAGAAUCAAUAAGGUAAUUUAAUUAGUCGAUAUGUCUGUCUUUGUCUGAUGGGCUGUUUCAAUUUGUACAUGUAUUGUUUUGUAAUGUAACUAAGGUUUUUUUUUGUUUUUUUCCCAUUGACGGAAUUAGGGGUUUGCGUUUAGUAGGGUUUUCUGUUUGUUAGCUUAAAGUUGAUUUUUUGUUUAGUUAAUUUUAGGGUUAGUAAAGGGUCGAAGUUUAAACCAUAUUUAAGUACUUGUUGGGUUUGAUUAUUUCUCCA